ACACCUACUGUUUGCUAACUUGUUGUCGUGCUACAUAUACCUAUAUACUAGAAUGAAAUAUUAUUGUGCCUGAAUCUAUUAGCCAGGAUAUGGAGGUAUUCCGUAGACUGAUCAAGACUAAACAUUAUGUUGUUCAUAUGUUGGUAAUUUCCUCGCUGUUAUUGCACUUGAGUGAACCGAAACUAGCCGGAGUGGAAGAGAGCGAAGACAAGAAAUCAGGCACGCUGAGCUUUAAAACUCCAACCUUGGACGACGAGGAUGCUCACAGCCUUCACAUGCCACAGGAUCUAAAAUGUGAUGGCUGUCGCGUGGUCGCUUAUCAGUUGCAAACGAAAUUCUCAGAAGCUCACCAGAAGAGGCCUUCCUUGAAAGUUUUACCAGAGUCACAAAUCAUUGAUAUAACAGAGUCCAUUUGUGAAAGUAAAUUUGACAAGUAUGGAAUCAAGGAUGUUGAUGGAAAGAAACGAUUGUCAGGACCAGGACUGGAUACAGCAGAUAUUCCUGGGAUCAUGCAGGGUGGAGGGAGAUGGCCAAACAGGUUGAGAGAGAUGUGUUCUAUGUAUGUUGGUGAGAUUGGAGAAGAAGAGAUAUAUGAAGCAUACCUUAAGGAAAAGGACUUGGACAAGUUCCUGUGUAGAGGCAAAGGAUUACUGGGCGAGUGUUCAAAGUCAAAGAAGAGACAUAAAACUGAUGAGUUGUAGGUGUUGUAUAACACCUCCAUAUUUACACCAUUAAAAACAUAAUGCAUAAUGACCUGAAAACAUUUAUCUCUGUCAUAUUGCACCAAGCACAUCAUAUAUCAGUUUCCAGGUGUCUACAGUUGGUAGGCAUUGUCAUGCUCCUAGUGUUGUUGUGAUAAUACUUGUUUAUGUUUGUCAUUCACAUAGUAUUAUUGUAUACAUGUUACAUUGUAUGUUAGCUUAUAUCUCUAUCUAGGAAAGCUGGGAAUACUUGUUCACAUUCCCUGUAGAACUAUAACAUGUAUUACAUCUGUCCAGAAUAUUGUAAACCUAGUAUUUCAAGCAUGUUGUUUAAUACUGUAUACUGUUGAUUUCACUGGAGGCCAAGACUAGGUAUCAAGGAUAGCUUAGUUUUAAAACUGAAAUUGUUUUCUCCCUGCAUAGUGAAGGUGUGGUAGAUUUGUCGUGACUUUUCCUGUCACUAUAUAUAGUCUAACUUGUAGGUCAGAUAAAUGUUGGAGUCUCCAUUAUACAAUGUUUAACAUCUUCUACGGUAUGUAAAUUCUAGCUUCCUAGUCAUAUCAAUGAUCAAAAUGAUCUCUACUAAUGACCUUUCAUCAUAUAUCACACUGAUUUAUAGCCCUACAAAAUACUCAUUUUUGAAAAAUUGAUCAUCAGUGUAUUGAUCUUCACAAAUAUUCAGCUAUGUGACAUUGAAGAAAGUUUUUAAUAAGAACAGAGAAAUUAUAUAUUCUGCUGGUGGCAUAAAGGAUGUACAUGUAUGUUAAUGACAUAUUGACUGCUUUAGUCUCUUCCAAUAGAUUUAAGGAAUUAAAAAAAAAAAAAAAUCUUCACACUCAAAUGUUAUUGCAUUUUUAUGAUAUAUAAUUUCUUAUUGAACAAUGUCUAACAAAAGUCAGAGGAAAGUGACACCUUUUCCUAUUGGUGGGUGGGUUUUACUUAACUUUUCACCAAUGUUCAUCAGUGUUCAGCAGAUGCGAGCAGGUGACCUUGAUUCCUUAAGUGAGUCUUGGUCCUGUUCAUCUGGUAUGUUGUCAGUUUCGCGGAGUCUCUGGAAUGCCUGGUGUGCAGCACGACACAAGGAAUUCCUUGAGGUUUAUCUAGAUAGCCCCUGUGGACCAAUACUGUGACUCCAAUGUAAACGUAUAUUUUAAAUUAGGGGUACUCAUAAAUUUAUAAAUGAGCUUGGAAAUGUUCUUUUAUUUG